ACCACUGUACACGCGUUUCAGGCGCAGAAUAAAAGUUAAUAAUUUUCGUGUUGGAGAAUAUAAGAAAAUGUAGUUUUCUUAUUUGAACGCACAAUAAAAGCUAAAAAGUGCUUUUUCAUUUGCCACUGUGCAACAAGUGCAAAGAAAAUAAACAGAUGCUGUGAUAAAGCGAUUUUACUGAGCUAACGCAAAGUGCAAAAAAAUUCAACGCAAAACCAUUGUCGAGUUGUGACGUCUAGGAAGUGCUAUCGAACACAAGAAAUGUUUAAUUAUCGUGUUUCUCUGUCGCAGCAUUUAUUAUCACCAUCAUCGUUAUUCGCUAUCUCAUAAACAGCGUACAGCAUAUUUAAUCGCUGGUGGAGCAGCAGAGCAACGUGGGCAUUGGAACUUUAGCAACAUUAGUGUGGAAAAGGGCCAUUAAAAAGUACACAGUGGUCGAGAACCCACAGCAGCCGCAGUACGCAGUACACAUUCAUAGCGGUGUACCUGUGCUUGUGCUCCUGCUAUUGAGUGCUAGUGCUGUGUAUAUAUAGGGUAGCGGGUGGAGGUGGAGGUCGGUCUUCUCUGCCUUAUCAGCUCCGAAGUGAGUGCUGCUGCCACUGGGCCGCUUAUUGCGCCCUCCAUAUCACAGUCAACGUACGACGUCGUUGUUUUUGAAUAGUGCCGGCCAACGAAGGUCAGACGAUAUGAUAUUUAUUUGUUAUUGUAGUUUUGGUUAAGUUAAAAAGUGAGAUUCGUCACAUACAUACAUAUAUUUAACACUUUCGUAUCAGCUUAAAUUAAUACGGCGGCGCACGCAGCGACAUUUUUGUCGCGCGCGCUUACGCCAAACGCUGGAUAUCACAGCAGCAAACGCGCCAUAUUGGUGAGCAAUACACAAAGUAUUUUAUAUGGACAUGACAGACAAGAAUGUUGGUCAUAAUGGAAACCAGUGGUCGAAAGCAACGACAUCGGCAGCAGCUGCGAUUGCCGCGCAACAACAUAAACAACUCAACAGCAGCUCAUUGCCUGGCACACAACCAAUGCAUCAUCAACAGCAGCGUCUAUAUGAUCCAUCAGCGUUAAUGCCAGCACACAGCAGCAUUUUUGGAGCAGGUGUUGGUGCCGCACUUGGACAUCCAGCACAUCCGGACGGUAUAGCAGCUUAUGCGGGUGCACGUUUUCACCCACCUCCACUACCAACUCAGCAGUCUACAUUAGAUGCAGCAAACUUAUCACAUACAAUAGCGCACCAGCAUUCUCACCAUCAACCGCAACACUUACAGCAUCAACCAUCGCCAACGCAUGCCCCGACAACAGUGCUAACAGCGCCAGCUGCCGCUUCGCCAAGUGUACCUGUACAAAGUGGCUUUGUGCCACCACCAUUACUGCCAGGUGCAGCCGCUGCAGUGGCAGCAGCCGCUACGUCAGUUUUAACGCCAAAUCCAUUUGCAGUCACACCACAGCUGGAGCAUCUUACCUCACAUUUAAAUUUGCAACAGCAAAUAGAAUUGAACAAAAUCAUGAACGUAAUGAACACACAGGUUAGCGCAGUUGGUGUAGCAUCAGGUGGAGCUAUGGGAACUGGAGGCAGCAAUGCAGGCAACUUAGCAAGUCAAGCGCAAGCGCAAGCACGACAUAUUGCAACGGAUGUGCCAAUGACCAGUGCUGGCAGCAACAGCAGCAGUUGCGGUAGUGCUGCUGUGUCCGGUGCUAUAAACAGCACAAUUGCGGAGAAUGUAUUAAAUGCGAUAAGUGCAAUGCCAAAUAGUAGUGUAAGCGCUAGUGCGCCAGCAGUACAUGGGCGCUUGACAGGCAUUGGAGUAAGGAUGCCGAAUGAUGAACGUUUACGUCGGAUACAAGAGGUGGUUGAGUCGGGUGUAAGUGAGUUAGCAAAGCAGCAAAUACAACAAAUCGUUGAUCGUGUCGCAACCCUGAAGCCCGUUGAAAAAUUAUUGCUUUAUUUGCGUUUACCCGGAGAGGCGCCCGAAACAGAUCCACUGCGUCAUCCGCAAAACCCAUUGGGAACACGUUCUGAAAUAAAUCACACCAUCAACUGGGUCCGCUCACACCUGGAACAUGACCCCAAAGUGUCGAUACCAAAGCAGGACGUAUAUAACGAUUAUAUCGCAUAUUGCGAUCGCCUUGACAUCAAACCGCUUUCGACAGCAGAUUUUGGUAAGGUAAUGAAACAAGUGUUUCCCGGUAUAAGACCACGCCGUUUAGGCACACGUGGGCAUUCGCGUUAUUGCUACGCGGCUAUGCGUAAAACCACGAAAUUGGAUGCGCCACAAUUGCCACUUCUAGACACGGCUACAGUAAAUGAGUCGUCUUUGGUUGGCGGCGUUUUAGGAAGCACCAGUUCAUUUGGUGACUCCACUGCGAGUGCUGGCGAUAUGGAAACAUGGCAAAUAAUACGGAACUGGGCUGAAAAUGUUUUGCAUGUAAAGGUUGAGAGUGUCCAGGAACUUGCCUCUUGCAUCAAAAGCUCCACAGGUGCGGGUAGUGAAUUGCCAACAUCAAAUGCGCGAGCUACUGGUGGUACUGUACACAAAAAAUACACACCGCGCGAGCCGAAAGAGAAACGUUUAAUGGCGGAUAUGGGCCCACUCAAGAAACGUCGCAAGAAAAAGCGUAAAGGCUCAUCAUCAUCGGAGUCAAGCUGUAGUCAAUCGCAGGCGCAGACGCAGCAUCAAACUUCGGCCUCUGCAGCGGACGCACAAUUGGUCGAUGUAAAGCCGACUAUAACAACAGAGCUGGUACAGAUUAAACAGGAAAUACUAGAGUCGCCUACAAUGCAGCGCAUACAGCAUUUGCCAGCGACCGGCACGCAGCUACCCCAAAUAGCCGUAGUGACGGAGAGCUUUCUGCAGCAACAACAACAACAGCAGCAGCAGCAGCAAAUGUUGCCUAUGAAUUUGGUAACCGAGCAGCGUACAGUGUUGGCACGUGCGCCCCCAGCCGCCAGUGCCUUCGGCGUUGUCCAACCGCAAACUCCGACGCCACACCAACGACAGCCAGUACGUACUGCUUUAGUGGGUGCGUCCUCUAAUACAACAGCCGUCAAGAAUCUAACGCCGAAAAUCAUUGAACUCGGUGCAGCUGCAUCUACCGCAGUUACAGCGAGCGCAUCGCAUGAGCCCGCCACAGUCAUCAAAGAGGAAGAGUUUUUAGACGAAUAUAAUCCGAAUAUAUUCUGCAAGAAGGUGCGCAAAGCGCAGCAAACGAAAGGAUUUUGGGCCAAUUCACCAACUCCGGCAUCGAGUAAUGUUGUUGUGCCCACGAUUACAACAUGCGCAGCAACUACGGAAGUGACUACGUCGGCAACGUCUUUGCCGGCCGUUGCUACGUCAGUUAUUGCAACGUCUGGCAUGUCAACAAGUCAUUCGUCGGGAGGAAAUCCAGACGCAGUAUCCACACCCAGCGAUUUGAUGGGUCCACCUGCACAAAUCAGUAGCGGCACAUCGGUGAGUCCAUCGAGCGCUAUUUUAGGGGCGGACAGCAGUGGCAGCUCAUCACAACCGCCGAGCGCUGCUUCGCCCAAGGUCUUGUCACGCAAUAUGUUACAAAUGCGCGCUAGGCGCCAACAAAUUGUCGCUGCUUUGGCAGCCGAAGCGGCCGCCAAUUCGAGUAAUAAUCUACCCGACGCCGAUGCGGCUGAUCUUCCUGCAAAUCUGGGUUUGCCGCGUGAGCGCGUCAUAAGCAUUUGCAACAUGGACAAACACGAAUUGGACGAUUACUUUGUAGCUGGUGAAGUAGAAGAAGAACCAGAGGAUCAAGAUACCGAACUGCUUCAAUAUUUUCAGACGAGAGACGCUGAGGAAAAAUUGAAUUCCUUAGAUGCUGUAAAAUCCAAUAGGCAUCCAACAGUCCCAACGCAGGCAGCGACUACAACACCGCAGGCGGCACCAAACACGCCAACAACUGUGGCCUCAACAGUGCCGCCCUUGGUAACGAAAUCGCUGCAACAGACAGCAAAAAGCUUUGGCAGGCAGCAGAGCGCACAAGCGGUAGCCACAGAUGGCUAUGGCUGUGCAACACAAGUGUCAAAUAGCGGCUUCACGGCCGCUGCCGGCCAGAGGAAACAACAAACGGCGAUAAUUGGCUCUCCAGUGCCAAAACCAUGCCCCACAAUGAAAACCAUGGCUGUUGGAUCGGCCUCAGCGUCUCUAACCAUCAUGUCACAGAAGCAUCAGCAACAACAUCAGCAGCAACAACUGCAUUCUCAAAACAGCAAAAGCGUUAUGCAACAAGCGCUUACAACAAAAAACCAUAACAACAGCAACAGCCACAAACGAAAAAUCAGCUUAAGUGGCACAACGCUGAACGCUGCCGAAGUAAUGGCGUCGCGUAAGAAUUGCAUUUUCUUCCCCAUAUCACCCAAUAGCAACACGGGAAGUAGCGGCAGCAAUACCAACAAAUCCAUCGUCAGCAGCGCAAAUAAUCCCAAAUUCAAUGGAAGCAGUGUUACGCUGUAUCCGGCGAGUACGCUCAAUUCGAGCAAUGGCAGUGGCAAUAGCGGGGGCAGUAACGCGGGUUCGUUUUUCGUCAGCCCUGGACAGAGCGCGCAUCGGGUGCGUCCCAAACCAGCGUUUGCGCUGGGCAAGCAGCACUCACUGGACAACGAUUCCAGCGAUCCUAUGAUCGGCGCCAGCCGCCGACGCCGGAGUUACGCCAACCUUGUCAUGUCUGGCGGCAAUAAUUCGCUUAUGCCGCUCACAUCUGCUUCGGCACCACCAAGCCCCUCAGUUUUGCAGCAGCAACAACAGCAGCAGCAAUUCUAUGGCACGCCCUUCUGUAGCGGCGACAUGGGCCAACAUUCUAACAGCCGUUCGUCAAAUGUCCCAAUGAAUAGUAACAUAGCGGUGAAUGCAACUGAUCUAUUGGCAGCCGAGCAAAAUUCACUUGACUUGGAUAUGUUCAGCGCCGCGGCGGCCAGAGCUAUGGACUAUGGUGAGCUGGCAUUGGAUGAGCUUACUACGCCCCUCAAUGAAAUGCAACGCUCGCAGUCGGUGCCACUUUCCCAACUACAGCGCAUACACUCACCGGCCUUUAGUCGUAGUUUUCAAGCUGCACCUUAUUCAGCGUGCACAUCCGUGGCGCAAACACCAGUACCACACGAAUUCGCCGACUCAUUGACGCUCUUUUCUGAGAACAGUUGCAGCCAAAAUAGCGCUGGAGCUGGCGCUAACAUAACCGGCAAAAAUAACGCCCAAACAACGGCUGUCAAAUUGUUGGAUGAGGAAGCCGCCUUAUUGGCGACCGAUACAGCCGCAAUGCUGGAUAACCUGGACGUUGCCGAAAUGUUCCCAGCAGAUUUUUUGCGCAUGAAGUUUCCAAGCAACGUACAGGGCAAUGCCACCACAACGACCUGCUCAUCAGCGGGCUCCUCGUCGGGUUACAGCAGCAGCGCGUGCACAGCUUUUGGCAGCGCCGCGCUAAUAUCAGGUGGCGGAGUUGGUGGUACGUGUUUGCUCGGCAGUACCGGUAACUCAAUGUCCCGCUCGGUGCCUUCCACUCCGCUGCCACAUCAGCAGCAGAGCCCCUUCGCUUCGUACUUUUAUGGUAGCCGACGACGUUUCGAGGAGGAGGCACAUCUUUCACCCUCGCUUACAACAUCGGGUAACACCAUGGGAGGCACGUUCACUACAACUGUAUUCAAAUAUGGCAACAACGGCAGUGGUUCAAUAGGAGGCGCCAACAACAACUAUGACAUGUCACGCUCCAUGCCAACGACGCCGACGGCAACACCGCGCUUUCGAUACAGUCCAACCGAGUUUACACGCGAAUUUCUUAGCAAUGGCAAUACAAAUACAAUCGAUAGUCUCAUCAGUGGCGGUGCCAACACUGGCAGUCUGACCGAUGCUGGUGCACCUAGCGAAGGACUAAGCGCUGCGCUCACCGGCCUCAGUGGUAACAAUGAUGCGCUUAUUGAUGACAGUUGUGGCCUGUCCGCUGAUGCGUUCGUCGUCAACAACACUGUCACCGACGCUGAGUCAAUGAUGGCUGAGGCGAAUGAGCUGCUGGGAAAUUUGUAGAAUUUGCAUGAAGAGGAAGUGGAGUUGGCUACUAGGGGCGGCAACAACAGCAACAACAACAACGACCGCUAUCAGCAAAUAAAGAUUGGCAGGUCGAGAUCAGUAGCAAGCCAGAGACUGAUUGCUGAAGAAAACGAUGAAGAAGAAGUGGUCACAUCAGCGAGUGUUGUUGGAUUGCUGUUGGAGCAGGUCGGUAAGCUUUAAAGAGUUUCUUGACUACAUUCAUAGCAACAUACGUACA